AUGGCAAAUCGACAAGGGAGUUAUAUUCAAUCAUGGCAAAUCGACAAGGAAGUUACAUUCGAUGGCAUUACCAAUAAAUACUCCUUCAAGCAAGGCGACAAGAGGAUUGUACUUGUGCCACUUACUCCUAUCCAAGUUCGUGAAGAUCAAGAAAGUUUGAUCAAGGAGAGUGAGCUCGAGAAUGAGAAGAUAAAAAUAGAAAAAGCCGAGAGCGGAAUAGAAAAUGAUAAGGCCGAGAAAAUUGAGAGGAAAAAGACAUAUGAGGUGUUGGUUGUUACAAGUGAUCUUAAUAACACUCUACCAUCUAGUAUUGUCUCUCUUUUGCAGGAUUAUGAGGAUGUCUUCUCCGAUGAGAUUCCAAAUGGACUAUCACCAAUAAGGGAAUUUGAGCAUCAAAUUGACUUGGUUCCAGAUGCCCCACUUCCUAACAAAAUGGGACCAGAUGAGACAAAGGAGCUCCAAUGCCAAAUUGAAGACCUUCUAGCAAAGGAUGGACACGAGAAAGCUUGA